AUGGCUUCGAACAUGAUGAGACCGGCGUUUGCUUACACGGUUGUGUACGUGAAGGACGUUGCCAAAUCCGUAGAAUUCUACUCUAGAGCCUUUGGUCACAACGUCCGUCGUCUUGACGAGUCCAACAGGUGGGGGGAGCUAGAGAGUGGGCAGACGACGAUAGCAUUCACACCGCUUCACCAGCAUGAGACUGAUGACCUGACCGGGAAGGUUCAGUCUACGCAUUCAGCUUGCGAGAGAGCACCCAUCGAAGUUUGCUUCUGUUACCCUGAUGUUGAUGCCGCGUUCAAGAGGGCCGUUGAGAACGGUGCGGUAGCUGUGAGCGAGCCGGAGGACAAGGAAUGGGGCCAGAAGGUUGGUUACGUGCGAGACAUUGAUGGCAUCGUUGUACGCAUCGGAAGCCACGUUAAGAGCCAUGCAAGCUAA